AUGCAAUUAGCUCCAACCUUGUCAUCACAAGAUAUUACAUUACACGAAAAGGAAGCUGUAAGAAUUUCGAUUUCUCAAAUUAGUCUACUAAUUAUCUCACUUUCCGAAGAAAAUUUUAUUUCUAUUGAAAGACAAAUUAACCAUUUGUUAGACAAAUCGCCAAUUGUACUAUAUUUCUGUUAUUGGUCAAGAUUAUUAUCCUUAACUUCGCAAUAUCUGAAAUCAAACCAAUUCAAACUCAAUCCAAAGAAUUUAACGCAAAGAUUACUCAUUAAUUUAUUUGAAGAAUUAUCUUUUAAAUCACAAGAAUUUAUUAUUCAAAUUGUCUCGGUUUUAUUCAAAAAUAAUUCCUUCCAAUACGAUACAGGUUUAACAUACGAAGAAUUCUUAGAAAUUUCCAAAAAUUUAAAUAAUAAAUUAAUCUCUGAAAAGCUGUUUGGACAGGAUAAUCUCUUAAAAAACUUACAUAGCCAAAAAGAAAACGAUACACAUACAACCGGAAACAAAAUGAACAAUACACGAUUAUUAAUUAACUUGAUAAACCAAUCUGACUUAAGCUCAAUCCAAUCAAACUUUAUUGAUGUUAUUCAUUCAUUAGAAGGUGAAAAUUUAAAUGAGAUGAUUGCAUUAUUGCUGUCUGAAAUAUUAUCACCAAAUUCACAAAACGUUCAGAAUAAUACGCCAAACAACUGGUUCACUCCAGAUAAUAUUGUCAGUGCAACAAAAAUUGGCGUUGAAAUUUCAGCCGCUUUAAAGACUUUAGAGAAUGAUAAAAACGAUUCAAUCAAUUGGAACCGUAUAUUUAAUUUAAUGUCAACAAAAUAUUUUUUGAAUAUUCAAGUAAAGCCAACCAUUGCCUCACUAAGUACAUUAUUUGCUUCGUUAAGUAAAGGUCCAGUAAUUGACGAUUUUUUUAGUUGUGAUUGGAACAUUUCCUUUAAAUUAAAUCUUGCAUUCUUAUUACACCAAUGGUCACCACAAAAUGGUUGUUAUGAUUUGUUAUCAAUUGAUGAUAUGAAAACAGUAACUGAUAAAAUCACAAAUUCAAAACACUCUUUAGUAUAUUUGAUGUCAAUUGCUACUCUAGAUAUUGAAAUAUUUCUUUUAAGAGAUGAAUUGAAUAAUCAUGCAUUAUUACCUUAUUUUCUAGAGUUUUUUUUCGAGGAUUUUAGUGUUGUACCAGAAUUACUUGCAUUCGCGGUCAUAUCAUCCGCAAGACACUUUGUAUUACUAAUUGAAUCGAAGGCUCCAGUUGACGAAUUGAUAAUUACAUUAUUAGUUCAAGUAUUUGAAAAAGCUCCGACAUUUUUUGAAGAUUUAAUAAAAAUUAUUCCAGAUGAUGAUAAAUUGGUUGAAAUUGCAAGAAUAAUUUUGUCCAAAAAAAAUUUACCAAUGGCAAACUUCUUUAAAAGUUUAGAACAUGAAAAUAAAUUGGAAUAUGUCAUUAAUAAAUUACCUUUUUCAGAGGCUUUUGAAGUUUUGCCCAGUGCUAGGAAAGCUGGAUGGAAGGGUUUUGAACAAUACAUUUCAGAUAACCUUAACUCGAAUUCAAUCCCUGUUAUUUUACAUGGACUGGAUGCUCAGUCAAAAUUAACUGAUGCCAAUACUCCGUUCAGAUCUUCUAAAGUCUUUGAUCUUGCCGCUUUGCACUUUUUAAUUAAUAAACUAAUAAACUAUCCACUUGCACCAGAAGAACGCCAAGCCUUUGAAACAUUACAAUUUACUUUAAUUAUUGCAUUUCCUCGUUUAAUUAAUUUCGGUUAUGGCCAUGAUGAGGCUAUUUUGGCAAAUGGUGAUUUAGUGGCAAUUCCAACUGAUAUUGAAAAGGACAUGCAAAACUACUUGCAAAAGAUGUAUAGUGGUGAACUUGCUAUCAAAGAUAUUAUUGAUAUAUUGAGAAAGUUAAGAGACAGUGAUAACCCAAGAGAUCAAGAUGUCUUUUCUUGUAUGACACAUGCUGUCUUAGCAGAGUCAACAUUUUUUAAAGAUUAUCCUUUAGAGGCUUUGGCUACCACUUCUGUUUUAUUUGGUUCUAUGAUAUUAUUCCAGUUACUAAGAGGUUAUACAUUAGAUGUAGCACUAAGAAUCAUUGCUAAUUUCGCUAAAGAAGGUCCUGAUUCUAAAAUGUUCAAAUUUGCUAUUCAAGCUUUGUAUGCUCUCAAAAUUCGUUUAAUUGAUUUGCCUCAAUAUUGUAGGGAUUUAUUAAGUCAAGCACCUGGUCUUCAAACACAGCCACAAGUUUAUCAAGCUAUAAAAGAAGUAGCAAUGUCUGAAAAUGCUGGUGAGUCAAAAAAUCCAUCCCAACCAGUUGUUGAAUUCAUUCCAUUAAAAUAUUUUACUGUUGACAAACUAAACUCUCAAAUCAUGCAACAAAACCCCCCUAAAGAAGUAACCGAAAAAGUCUUGUUUGUAGUAAAUAACAUGACCUUAGAUAAUUUUGAUUCAAAAGUUCCUGAACUUCAAUUAAUCUUAGGACCAAACUACUUUUCAUGGUUUUCUAAUUAUCUGGUAAAUCAAAGAGCUAAAACAGAGCCAAACAAUCAUAAACUUUAUGCUAAAAUCAUUGUAUACCUAGAUUCAGACCUAUUACAUGAAUUUAUGGUUAACACAACAUACAGACAGCUAUUUAUUAUCCUAGCGACAAAAGACAUUUCAUCUAUUGAUAAGAAUCACUUAAGAAACCUAUCAUCAUGGUUGGGUUGUAUCACUUUGGGUAUCAACAAACCAAUUUUGCAUAAGCAUGUUGCUAUGAGAGAGCUCUUAUUAGAAAGUUAUCAUGAAAAAAGAUUAGAUUUAAUUGUACCAUUUGUUACUAAAGUUUUACAAAAUGCUGCAGACUCAAAAAUAUUUAAACCUCCAAAUCCAUGGACAGUCGGUAUUCUAAAAAUUUUGUUAGAGUUAAAUAAAAAAGCUAAUUGGAAACUAAGUUUAACAUUUGAAGUUGAAGUUCUUAUGAAAACAUUUAAAUUACCUAUGGAUAGUAUUGAACCAACCAAUUAUUUAAAUGUUCCGGAUAUUGUGGAUGAACUAGCAGGAAACCUAAAUAAAAUGUCUGUUGAACAGCAUCAUUUAGAACAAAGAAGACAAAUAAUGCUAAUGCAACAAUAUCAACAACACAUGAUGAUGUCACAGCAAAGACAGCAACACCUCGUAUCUGGUGUCUUAGCACCCCCUGUAGAACAUGGCCCAGUUCCAAUUGAUAACACUCCCUCAGCAGACAAUCCCUUCAGUAAUCUAGUAGGUUCUACAAUAUUUGUAACUCAUCCAGAUUUGAGACGUGUUUUUCAAAUGGCAAUUGCAAAAUCUGUUAGAGAGCUGCUGCUACCAGCUGUAGAAAAAUCAUCUAGUAUUGCGGUAAUUACUACAUCAAAAAUUGUAUUAAAGGAUUUUGCAACCGAACCUGAUGAAAUGAAAUUAAAGGCAGCAGCUGUUACAAUGGUUAGACAGCUUGCACAAAGCUUAGCUAGAGCUACAUCUUUAGAAUUGUUAAAAGAAAGUACUCGUUCCACCACCCAAUCUCUUGCACCUAAUUUAAUGAACAUGAUACCUUCGCCUAUGGAUGAAUUAGAUAAAGCCAUAAAUGAUAACAUUGGGUUAGCAUUGGCAUUAAUUGAAAAGGCAUCUAUGGAUAAAGCUACUCAAGAUAUUGCUGAACAAAUGGGGCAAGCAUUCGCCAUUCGUCAUUAUCAUAUAGAAAGAAGAUCAGAUAAACCAUUUUUAGCACAAAAUACUAAUCCAUAUUCAUUAACAUUACCAGAACCAUUAGGGUUAAAUCGUGCUGGGGUAACACAAAAUCAAUUUGCGUUAUAUGAAAGCUUUGGUAAAAUGAUUCCAAAUGCCGUUAAUCCAUCUCUAGAAAAUCCACAAAUAUCUCCACAACAACCAGAACUGCAAAUGAACCAACUGCAACAGCCUGUGAUAGGUGUACAACCUUUAGUUAAUAAUCAAACCCAACAAGUUAUAUACAAUAUUCGAAACGAAUCAGAACAUGAUCAUAGAAUGCUUGUCCACUUAAUGGAUAGUUUAGUUGCUCAGAUAAAGGAAAAUGCUAAGAAAAAGACUUUAUCAGAAUUAGGUGAGAAAAAUCAAAUUAAGGAUGUAUUGUUACAAAUUCUAACAUGCAUUGCUCAAAGCGCUCAAAAAGACCAAUUAGCAAUGAAAGUUGCUCAAGCCGUUGUUAAUAGCUUAUUUGCCACUAGUGAAAGUCCACUAUGUAGGGAAGUUCUUUCUCUACUUCUGGAAAAACUAUGCUCUUUAUCUAUUGUUGCCAGAAAAGAUGUUGUUUGGUGGUUAGUUUAUUCUCAAGAUAACCGUAAACUAAGUAUUCCAGUAAUCAAAUCAUUGUUAGAUGUUCAUUUAAUAACUGUACUGGACUUGGAUGAGAUGUUAGUCAAUGCUAUGUCUCAUGAUAUGGAAAACUCAGUGAACUUUUCUUUAUCUUUAUUGGAUGAUUUAGUUCUAUCGGAUACUGCAUUUUUAAUGCAAAUGGAUUUUGUUCAUACAAUCCAAUUUUUGAGUAAGUCUGAUUCAAAAGAAGUUUCUAGUUUCUUAAAAAACUUUUCUAAAAAAAGAGUUACCAUUGUAAAUAAAGGUACUAGAAUUACUCAAACUGAGAAAUAUUACUUAGUGUUUACUGAAUGGGUUAAAUUAGUCCAAAAAGUUGAUGAUAAUGAUCCAAUGAUCUUGGCUUUUAUUAAGCAAUUAAUUGAUAAAGGAGUCAUUUCGUCCACAGACGGCUUGAUCGAAUUUUUAAGGGCUUCAUUGGAGCUUUCUGUCUUUUCUUUUAAAGAAAGUGAUCCAACAGGAGAAGUUUUCACUUCAAUUGAUGCUAUCAUUAAAUUAAUAAUCAAAUUGUUUAUUAUGGGUGAAUAUAAGGAAUAUUCUAGAAAACAAUUUUUGAAUUUGGCACUCUCUGUUGUCAUGAUGGUAUUUUCUGAUGACCAUGAAAAGGAGGAAAAUACGUUUAAUGAACGACCAUAUUUCCGUUUGUUUUCUAAUUUAUUAUGCGAAUGGCAAAUAUUAAGUGGCCACCAAUUUAUUAAGGUUAAGAAUGUUGAUACCAGAAAAGAAUUAAUUGAAUUUGAAGAAGAAUUUUAUAACAUUAUUGCCAAGUUUUUACAUACAAUUCAGCCAAUUGCCUUCCCAGGAUUUUCAUUUGCAUGGAUAACCCUGAUUUCUCACAGAAUGUUCUUACCAAUAAUGCUGAGAUUGGAAAAUAAGUCGGGGUGGAAAAGCUUAACUAACUUACUAAUUGAUUUAAUCAAAUUUAUGGAGCAAUAUACCGACAAAAAUAGCAUACCCGAUGCGAUUUCUGUUGUUUAUAAGGGUGCUUUAAGAGUUUUCUUAGGAAUUUCAAAUGAUGUCCCAGAAUACCUAAUUGAGAAUCAUUAUGAAUUAAUGAAUUAUUUACCACCAACAUAUUUGCAAUUGAAAAAUGUGAUUUUAGGUGCAAUUCCAAAAAAGAUGAUGAUACCAAAUCCAUACGACCCAGAUUUAUCGAUGGAAAAUAUUGAAAGUUGUCAGCAACAACCAAAUAUUUUUUAUAAUCCAGUGAAUGAUUUAAAAACUUUAAAGAAGCCUGUUGAUAAUUAUUUACGUAUUCCAUCAAAUUCACUACUAAGAAUAAUUAUUGCAUCGUUAUUUAAAGAUGUUUAUGAAAGAAAAAAUGGUAUUGGAUAUGAACAUUUAAUGGUUGACUCUAAAUUAAUUCGUGCUAUUAUCUUGCAUGUUGGGAUUGAAGUAGGUAUAGAAAACGAAAGAACCUCUUCAAGUGCUGUUUUCAAUACUAAAUCAAGUUAUUACUCACUGUUAUUUAAUUUGAUUAAUAAUGAUACCACCACAAUUGAAUUGAAAUAUCAAAUAAUUCAUACAAUUAUUGAACAACUAAGAUAUCCUAAUAUUCAGACCUAUUGGUUCAAUUUUGUUAUUAUUAACUUAUUUGUCUCUGAUGAAUGGAGUGAUGGAAACAAGAAACAAGAAAUCCAAGAAUUAAUUUUACGUAACAUUUUGGAAAGAAUAAUUGUCAAUAAACCACACUGUUGGGGUAUUAUCGUUUUGGUGAUGAGCUUAUUGAAAUCUUCUGAAGUUGACUUACUAAGUUAUUCUUUUAUUAAAGAGAUUCCGGAAGUCGAAAAUAUGUUCCAACAAAUGCUAAAACAUUUCAAAUCAAGUGAAAUUUCCACCUCUCAAGGAUCAAAUGAUGACAAAGAAUCCCCUGAAUCAGGUUCAGCUCAAAUUGUUUCAAAGGCGUAG